GGGUACCCGGUCACAUCAACUUCCAACCGCCGAGUUGACUUCGGUCAUGUACAUAAACAUACAGACUUUAUAAAGGGAAUCUGAAAAAUAAAAUUCAAAGUCGUCACAUUUUCGUUAUCACUUCGCAACUACAACAUCAUCCACCAAAGUCAAUACAGACUGGGGCUGUGAAGCAGAAACAACUUCUCGUGACAACUUCUUCAAAAAUUAUGCCACGAAUCAAACCCCAACUCUUCUGGCAAGGCCGAAAGAAACUAGGUCUCAACGCCGCCAAACUUCUUCCCGUCUGUCGAACCCUAGAAUCAACCGCCAACGAGCUCCGCUGGAUCAAACAGCACGUCGCCGAAACCCCUUCCAUCAUCCCCUUCGGUGCCCGAGUAUGGAAGCUUUGCGACAAGCGAGGCAAUGGUCUCCCUUUGGCUUACGUACUAGGCAACCAGCCAUUUGGUGAUCUCGAAAUCAAGUGCCGACCAGGCGUCUUGAUUCCUAGAACCGAAACAGAAUCCUACACCAUCCACCUCUCCAACAUCCUUCGCCGCUCUCUUUCCAAAUCAGAUCCAGGCCAACCACUCAACAUAAUCGACCUCUGCACCGGAACAGGCUGCAUUCCCCUCCUCCUCUACUCCCAACUCUCCCGCUCUCUCCCCUCCCAAUCUCUAAACGUGGUGGGAGUAGACAUCUCCCAAAAAACCAUCAACCUCUCCCGGCGAAACCUGCAUCACAAUCUCCGUGCGGACCGCUUCCCCCCUCCCUCAACCUCAGACAGUUCCCAUACGCAAAGAUCAAUCCACUUCCUAAAAGCCGACAUUUUUUCUCCCUCCUCUCUCGAUCCCAUCCUCUCCACCACCCCUUUAUCAUCAUCAUCUACCUCCUCUACAGCAGGGACAGGGGAAUGGGACCUCCUAACCUCCAACCCCCCUUACAUCUCCCCCUCGGGCUUUGCCCUCUCCACCUCCCGCUCCGUGCGCAACUGGGAGCCCAAGCUCGCUCUCGUCCCGCCCGUCGAGAGGGUAGAUUUACACCAGAAGCAUUUCUACGAUCACUACUACCCGGACAACGAAAACUUACUCCGAAAGGUUGACUACCAACCAGAAGACGUGUUUUAUGCCCGCUUACUAGAAAUCGCCAGGACAUACGGGCCAAAAAGGGUGCUGAUGGAGGUCGGGGAUAUGGAGCAGGCGAAACGGGUGGCGGGGAUGGUUUUGGGGGAUGGGAAACUGAGGAGACUUUAUUGGGGGGAAGGGACUGAUGAAGAAAAGGAAAAAGGGGCUGGGGGAGCGGUGCAGAUCUGGAGGGAUGAUUUGGUGGGAUUUGAAGGAUAUGAAGAGGUUUUGGAGGUGGGAGUGGGUGGACGAAAUGAAAAGAUUGUGGUGAAGGGUCAUCCGGAGGGGCAUGGGAGGAGUGUAUAUUUGAGGAGGGUUGGGGUGGUUGAUCAUGAUGUGUAAAUGGGAGCAAGACGGGCGAAGAAGUGUCAACUGCUAGCACCCUUAUUAAUAUUUUUUGAGGGUGGAAAUGAAAGAGAAAAAUCCAUAGAACGUG